CAUAUGUCAAAAUUGCGUCUGGAAAGAGAUUUUUUUGUAUCAAAAUACGCAAUAUCAAUUGCAGCAUUUGUUCACUUUUUUCGCUUUCCUGGAUGGAUUAAAGUCGCUGUAAUUGUUGCAGGGACCUUUGAGAAGUUACACAGUGUUAAAUUAUUUUGUGCUGAAAGGUAUAUUUUGUGAUUUUUCCGUGUGAAAAUGUCAAGUCGCAAUUGUGGCAGCAAAAACAAGCAGGAUGUACACAACUUGGAUCACCUGUACUGCCACAAAGCUGACAAUAGUGCUUACAUUAAGAAUAGCACCAAUUCCGAUCUCAUAUCCAUUAUCAAGGAGAAUAAGCAACUGAAAUUUAUGCUGCUGCUUCAUCUGGAUCUGAUUCAGGAGCAAAGUGAUCAGUUGGUGACAAAAGAGAAACAAAUCUCGACGUUGCGGCAGGAGAAUGAAUCACUGAAGCUCAAGAUUGAGCGCAUGGAGAGGCGAAUGCAUCUCAAACAGAGUCGCAGUAUCCUUCAUACAUUGCCACCGGUGGAUUUGAAGACAAAGAACAAUGGAGCAUCACCGAAAUCGCACUUCCGGAUGGACUUGGAGGCAAAAUGUGACACCAUGGAGGAUAUUAAGCCGGAUUUGGGAAUUGUGAACCAGAGAUCUCUUGCGGAGAUCAUGACGGAGAAGCCGCCAGAAGUCAAUGGGCUGCCCAUUGGGAAGAUUGUGCUGAACAAUGCAGGAAAUAUUGAGAACAUCACGCCGGCGACUACACAAAUGCCGGAAAUCAAAGUGGAAGCCAUUGAGGAGCAAUCUGAGUGUCCGAUUGAGGUACAACCGCCUCCGCCUGUGUCCGAACCGCCCAUUCCUGGACCAUCGGAUGGUGUCCUGGAGGCAGCUGAGCAGGAAAAGAAGCCCAAGAGGAGACUGUCUGAGGUUUCGACCAAGGAUCAAGGCAAAAAAGCACCCAAACUAACGUCUAUGAGCACAAGUAAGCAGUACGUGACGCGAGAUUGGGAAUUGAUGGAUCUGGAGGAGGAAUUGGUGCAGGUGAUUGAGAAGCGAGGAGAUUCAGAAAUCAAUUUGGAGGUACCCAGUUGGCGAAUAGUUGAAGCAGAAGAGGACGAUGAUGGCCAGGAGCGGCAAACGGACACACAGAGUGAGGAGGAAAUCCGCGAAGAGACUUACAUGAAGCGCCAUCUAAAAUUUGAGAUUGACGAACGUCGCCGGAAGAAAUGGGAUGUGCAGAGGAUACGAGAACAGAGAACAAUUGAACGACUCCGGAAGCGCCAUUGUAAAUCCGAUGCCGUGGCCGGGGCCGAGGAGAAGGCAUCAACAUGUCCAGCUUCCUUCUAUCCAAGUCCCAAUACCAUUCGCUUCAUUCACAUCACAGAUGAAUUGCCUGUCCAGGCAUUCGGUGAACUGAUACCUUCCGUCGCACCUCUGGAAUUUUGCCUGCCAUGGAUGACAUCCCACGAGAGUCCACACGUGAUUCUGGGUGGGCCACAGGAGGCAGCAAAUAUGCCAGCCACUUCCUCCAUUCGCCUCAAGCUAAAAGAUAAAAAUAAGAAAAUUAAAAAACUGUAUUAGCAUUAGAGAGAAUAAAAUUUACUUAUCACACUGCACAAA